AUAACGGGGAACGAAACAUUGUUCAUCAGUACCAAGAUGUUUGAUUCUGCUUCGAAAUUGUCUUAUCCGGUAACUCGGAUGUGGAUUCCUCCCAUUUUGCUGGGAUUUGGCAUUUUAUUUCUUAUCAGAAAAUGGGUCGGCAAUUAUCUCCGGCAGUUAUUUUUUGCAUCGACGUACAACAAGAUGCUUGGUACUUAUCACGUGACAUGUCGUGAACUGAAAAGACAACAUUUUGAUUCAAUGAAGAAUCAUCCAUCAACCGAUCCCGUCCUGAGGAAAAAAGGCGCUCUGAGGAUAUUAGAAAUCGGUCCUGGACCCGGAUACAAUUUCGAAUUUUAUCCUCCAAACAGCGUACUGACUGUCGUUGAAGUCAACCCGUUCUUCGAGGAUCAAUUCUUCAAGAAACAGGCAGAUCACCCGCAGAUCAAGCUGGAUCGUUUCAUCGUCGGAUUCGCUGAAGAUAUGAAAGGUAUCCCUGACAACAGCAUCGAUAUUGUCGUGUCCACAAUGGUCCUCUGCUCCGUCCGCACUGUGGAAAGAGCCCUGAAAGAAAUUCAUCGUGUUCUGGCCCCGGGUGGCAAGUACUAUUUUUGGGAGCACAUCCUCGAAGGUGAAUAUUGGUGGGUUCGAAUGAUCCAACACAUAGCUUCUCAUCGAAUAUGCCCUUAUCAAUUCGUCUUUGCCGGCUGCAAGUUGAAUCGAAAAAGCGACGAAAUCAUUAAACGCAAUGGAGUUGGAUUCUCGCACAUUGACCAGCAACGAUUUCGAACUCCGCAAAAGGGAGGAUUGCAAGCCAUUUUGAUUUUCCAUAGCUCCCAUCUCAAAGGCAUUGCCACCAAAUAACUUUAACUAGCUCACCGAUACUUUCUCUAAUUGUAGAGUAUAAGAUCGUAUAUAUGCGGCUAUAAU